AGAUAUCACUUUUUUUUUUAAACAUAAAUACGAAAGCCAAACAAUGUUGUUUCAUUAAACCUUUUUUUCUUCUCUUUAACAAUGGUUUCCAUUAGACAUUGUGCAGCCUUGCUCGGCAUGCUUAGCUUGACUGUUGCACAAGAACAAAAAAUAAUCAAUUAUAGUGUGAUCGGUGUGGUCAACGAAACUUAUACAAUGGCUGUUUCUGUAGACAAUGUUACUUAUCCAUUAUCUGCAAAUGAUGCACCUGUGUUAUUUACUGGACAGGCUCCCAUUGCUCAAUCAGGCUAUCGUUACAUUAAACUAAACAAACAAGACAACAAUACUGCAUCCAUGGAGUCUUUUCUGCGUCAACCUGUUGAUAUGAAUACAGUGAACGAGUUCUUUAAUAUCUCUUGGAACAGUCGUAAAAUUGCUAAAUUGCCUACACUCUAUGAGCCCUUAAGCCCCAUUAAUCGCAUUGACACCCAAUUGCAUAGAGAUGGUGAAAUCCCUACAAUUUAUCUCACUGGAAAUCAAACUGAAUUUGACAUUUUACACAGCAAUAUCACCAACAACGAUGCCCAAGUCAUGACAAACAUGACUUAUAUCAGUCUUAACCAAACCUAUCAUUUUGAAGAUGUCCGAGUUACUUUAGCAGGCCGCAGUAGUACAUGGAUGAGCAAGUUGUCCUAUAACCUCAAACUUAAAAAGAAGGAUCGCUUAUUUGACUAUAAACGAGUCAAGAUCCGAGCUCUUGCUACAGACCCCGCCUAUAUCCGAGAACAACUUGCAUACGAUGUUCUCAAGUCCGUUGGUUUAGUCUCUUCUGAGUUUUCUUAUUGUCGUGUGUUGUUAAACAACCAAGAAAUAGGCUUAUUUGGUAUUAUCGAUACAUUCCAGAACCCUUGGUUGGCCAAUGUGUUUGCUGAUGGUGAUAAAGACCACAAGAACGGAUAUCUUUAUCAAGGUGUAUUCCAGACUGCUCAAUCUGCUGCUCAAAACCAUACUUCUGAUCUGAGUUAUUAUGACAAUAUUACUGCUUAUGCUGAUGGUCAAUACAAGAUCAAGGUGGAGGCUCAUAAGGGAAAAAAGGACAAUUUCAAGCCCCUGAUGGAAUUUACCAAGUUUGUUGCUGAGGGUUCUCAGGAUGUAAAUGCCUGGAAAAAGAAGUUGGAUAUGGAUGCUUUCCUUCGUAGUAUGGCCUUAGAAAAGAUUGUGGGUUAUUCAGAUGGUUACAAUACCAUGGCAGACAACUAUUACCUAGCUCAGCUUGAAGAUGGUCGAUUCUUUUGGAUCUCUUCUGAUAUGGACAUGACUUGGGGAAGCACAAUUGCCAGUUUAGAUGCUAUGUGGAGCGGUAAUUACAGUCAAUUCCCUGGUUUGACAGUGCGCCCCUUAAUGACUCAAGUCUUGAAUGUCCCUGAAUUCAAACAACAAUAUGAAGACUUGCUUGUAAAUAUCACCAAGAACUUGGUGAAUCCUACUGUGAUGAACGACCGCGUGAAUGACUUGGCCAACAUGUUGAGAGAAGACGUUGCUUGGGAUCAAAACUUGCCUCGUGUAGGCACUAAUCUUUUGAGUCAAGCAAGUAAGGAUCCUGCAGCAGCAGCUGGUAACAGUGCUAUUGCAGGCGCUGUAGGUAGCCAACUUCCCCCUAAUUUUAAUAUGACCGUUGCUGCUGACUUUGGUGCUCGUCUCACAAAGCCUAUUUCAUUCGAAACUGCCUUGAAUGGUCCUACUGGACAUCCUUCAUUAGCUGGUUUCAAAGAAUGGGUUCAACAAUCCAGUAGUCAUAUCUUGAGUUUUUAUAAUGUCACUUUAGAAUAAAAUACA